AUGUGUUGUGCUAGCCACAAAGCCGCUUCUAGCCGCCGAGAGCGGCAGCUCUCCAUCGCUAGCUUCUGUGGUAAUCGUGUUGCACCACCACAACCUAGUGCCAACGUCGUUACACCACCGGCAGUCGCACCUGAAGCUACAGCUAAGACCCGGGCUGUCUCUGCUUCCUCAUUUUCUGCAGCCGACAUCAGAAUGGCUCUGGGCGGCACAGCAACACUGCGUGCUGAGGUGUUGUGGUGUCUCCACACAGCGGAGAAACACCAUUCACUGAACUCAAACGAAAACCUGGCUGACGUUUUCAAGGCUAUGUUUCCAGAUUCGGAUAUAGCAAAGUUGUUCACUUGUGGCAAGGACAAAACUGGAUACAUCAUACGAUUCGGGUUAGCCCCACAUUUCAAGCAGGAGCUCAUCAACACCAUCAACAAGGCUGGCCAGUUUGUGUUAAUGUUUGACGAGUCGCUCAACCAGUCAACAAAAACGAAACAGCUUGAUGUCCACAUUCGAUUCUGGGAAGAUGACCGUGUCCAAUCUAGGUACCUUGGCUCUCAAUUCUUGGGACACGGAAAAGCUGUCGACCUGUUGCAUCACAUCAAAGAAUGUGUUGCAAAACUGAAUAUGAGGCAGCUUCUCUCCAUCAGUAUGGACGGCCCAAAUGUCAACUUGAAGCUUGCAGACCUCUUCCAGACUGAGCAUGCUGAGCUGUAUGGUGCUCAUCUGGUUAAUGUUGAAAGCUGUGGGCUUCACACCCUCCACAAUGCACUGAAGGCAGGCUUUACCAUGUGGCAGAUGGACAAGCUCCUUUGAGCACUCCACUACCUCUUACAGAUGCUGAUAAGUUAGCCGAGCAGGCAGAGGGGAAAUCUGGGACAUUAAUGGCACAACUGAUCACGAAGUCCAACAUCCUCAGAAGAUGUAGUAAAGAAAAACCGAACAAAU